AUGCGAACUAGUACUGCGAAACAACAACAAAAUACGUAUUUUCGAUUUGGGGACAACAUUUCGUGUAAGACAAUUGAAUUCAAGGAUGAGUAUCAUCAUGCUUGGAUAGUCAAACUCGAAGUCUGCGAUAGUGGAACAAUCGGCAAAGACUUUUUAGACUUGGAACGAAGUAUAAUGCCUGAAAAAUCGAAUUCUAUAAUUUUGGCUGAUCUACUAUUCAUAAUGGGUUAUCGUACGAAAGCUGAAAAUUAUUUGAAUCAAAUAAGUGAUGUGGAAGAUGUUGCUCUUGUCCAUUUCACUCUUGCUAAAAUACAUUACAAUCGUGGUGAUUAUGAUUUGGCAUUGGAACAUUUUCAGAUAUCCUAUGAAUUGAUGAUGAGCGAAGAACCACCGAGACGAAUAGACAGUGCAACCAUACUUCAUUCAAUUGCAUACAUAUUUAACCAAAAAAAUGAUUUGUUUGAGGCGUUAGUUUAUCAGCAAAAAGCGUUAGACAUCCACCUAGAAUGUCUGGUUCCCGAUGAUAUUCGGUUAGGUAUCAGCUAUUACAACGUUAGUCUUGCUCUAAAGAACAUAAAUCAGUUUGACAAAGCGUUGUCCUACUACCAACAGGCGCGUAUCGCUUGGAGUCAGUCACUGCCAUACGAUCAUGUUCUAAUAGCUGAUAGUAUACAUAGUAUUGCGGCUAUAUAUUACUGCAAACGACAGUAUAGAGAAGCUCUGGAGUAUUUCGAAGAAGCUUUGAAAUUGUAUAAGCGUCUUUCAUCUGCCAACGAAGGUGUAAUAUUGAAAAUAGAAAACGUGAUUGAGGAUUUGAAAGGAACAGGGUCGAUAACAGCAUGA